CUCCCAACUCGACAUUUGUAACAGAUCACUGAACACCUGCAAACGAAAUGGCUGUGGCGCGAUCGCUCGUCGUCGUCGGUGCUCUACUCGUGCUUGCAGCGUUGACCGCGAAAGCAGACAUUCACAAUUUGCCAACCAAGUGGGUCGACGCUACCAGCUCGACUGCCCCGCAGCUGUCCACCAAGAAUGUCGUCCUGUCACCCGCGAUGGGUUGGCUGACUUGCUCUGGAUCAACCGGAGGCUACAACGGCACUGGUUCCCGUUAUUUUAGUGAAGAAUCGCUUCUGCAAGACCUCUACACAAACGAGAUCAGCAUCCGCUACGUUCAAGAGUAUCUGGGCCAAUGCCGGCGCCAGCGGUAUGGUUCCGAUCAACACUGGUUUGCAGGAUCUACUUCGGAAUCUGCCCAAGCCACGUUUACCGCUACACUUACCACGUCUGGCUACUACCCCGUUUACAUGACUUGGCCUGCCACAACCAACCGAGGCUCUCCAGAUAUUCGCAUUACGCAUUCCGGAGGCAUACAGACAAUAUCAGUCCCGAUGUAUCAAUUCGACUCCAUCUUUGUGUAUCUUGGUCGCUACUACUUUACUGCUGCGGCGGGAAUCAAGGUUGAGAUUACCAACAAGAUGACCACAGCUUCGGGCAAGCUUGCAACGGCUGAUGCCGUUCGCGUCGGAUGCGGAGCGUCAACAGCUGGCAUUCCACGCUGGAAACUGUCAGCCCAGGACUUUUUGCGCUUUAUGAGUCAAGGCCAGUAUUCAACCAUGGGUCUUCAAGUGGCAGCCAACUCAGCGCCCACCCUUGAUACUGACUAUCUGGCCAGGGCAAAGUUUUCGAACUACAUGUUCGACAAGAAGCUGGAGAUAAAUUUUGUCAACACGCAAGUUGGAGGCGACUGGCUGUAUGCAGGCAUCGGGGCAACUGCAGGCGCUGGAUCGGGUGUAUCAACUGCAACACCCAGCACGAACCCCAGCGGUCUCAGUGCAGCGCUCUACACGGCGUGCAGCAUCGCGGCAGACAGCGUGCGCUUGAACAUUCAGCAAGCGACCGGACAAAACAACAAAGGAGGCGUCCUGGAUUCGUCCAAAACGGAAUUGAUUCAAAACACCAAGAUGCCAUCGUUCGUUACGCUUGCCAUUGAUGUGCUCAAUGCCACUGAGAUGGCGCUGAUGGCGAAAGAAUCCUACCGCGAAACGCUGGGUCGUGCCAUCUACAAGGGCAUCCACAAGUACUUUAAUUCGUCUGCAAUCAUCAUCCCGCUGCCAGUCACCAACCUUUACACUGCCUCAAUGCCCAACGGCGUUGGCCUGUGCUGGGUUCAACCAACUGAUCCGCUGGAAUCAAAUGCAACAGCAACAGCGUACAAGCUGUACACCUCCACCGAUGGUCGUGGCUGGGAUGCAGGUGUCAUCUUCGGGCCUACUUCUAGCUCUUCGGUUUAUAUCGAUACAAUCUACGGCAACAGCGUAUGUGGUAUCACGACAACAGUCGCAGUCGACACGCAGUACUACUUCAAAGUUGCUGGUGUCAAUGCCGGCGGUGAAGCUCUCACCAAGCUGACAGUGGCUGGGUACCGCAACUCUGGAGCCAGACCGCGCGUUCUGGUGGUGGAUGCUUUUGACGCCGACUUUAUCCACACGAGCGACAAUAUCGAGGGCCGUUAUACACGCGAGUACGUGUUCGAGUAUGUCACCGCGCUCCAGGCUGCAGGCUACCGCUGCGACUCGGCCACCAAGAACACGCUGCUCGACCCGACAUGGGUGAAUGACUACCUGGUGAACUACGAUACUGUGAUCUGGUUUGCAGGCGAGAACACUGGCAUUGACGUGUUCCCUGCCGCGCAUCAAGCUGUCAUCAACACAUGGAUUGCUGCUGCUACUUUCACCAACCCGCGCUCUUUGAUUGUCAGCGGCUCGCACGUCGCUUCGGGUCUUGCAGCGGCUGGUGGAGCAAGUGCGACCUUCCUUGCCAACAACCUGGGUGCUGGUUACGCCGGUGCUACUGCCAGCGCGCCAUUCAUUGCUCGUCAGGCUGUCGACCCAGGCUUUACAAUGAGCGGCACUGUGACGUUCAACUCGGUGAUCGCGCUUGGCGGCCCUUUCAUUGUUCAAACCCCUGACAUCCUGACUACCGUCGGAAACGGCAUGGCUGCACUGUUCCAUGGCUCUUCUGGCGGCAACAUUGCGGGUGUGAGCACUGUGGGUGGCAGCUACUCGUCGUUUUUGCUCGCCAUGCCGUUCGAGACGAUCAAGUCGAGCACCGAGCGCACAACACUGAUGACAUCGAUUGUUAAGAGCAUGAUUCAACGUCGGGCCAGCUCUGCCAUCUCUGCAGCGACUGCGAGCUCUGCGACGGUCGCGUCGAUAUCUCGCGCAUCAGUGGCAACCCUGUUGUCAGCCGCUUCGGCUUCCGCAAUCUCGACGUCGUUUGCCUCGUUCGCUUCAGAGGCAUCAGUAGCAAGUCAGUUGUCAGCCGCUUCGGCCUCAGCAAUCUCGUCGUCGGUUGCCUCGCUUGCUUCAGAGGCAUCCGAUGCCAAUGUUGCCUCGACGUCCAUUGCAUUCGUCACCAGCGCUGCAUCUGCUGUUAUCGUUGCCUCUGUCGCAUCUGUUGCCUCCGACGCAUCUGCCGCGUCCACCUCCGUGGAGUUCGUUACCAGCGCAGCAUCUGUUGCUUCUGUUGCCUCAGCAGCAUCCACUUCGGUUGAGUAUGUGGCGAGCGUAGCCUCAGCCUCAGCCGCACUGCGCGACAGGGAUUCCAGCGAUUCAGCUUCAAUGACCGCCAUUGUUGCCGCGUCUGUGUCAGUUGUAGGAGUCUGUCUGAUCGUACUUGCCGUCGUUCUAGUCCGACGGCGGCGCUCGCGUCGUGCAGCCAUGACACCGAAGGACUCUGCCGGUCCCAUCUAUCAAGAGGCAGUUGAAAUGGAAAUCUUACCGUUUCCCCAAGCGACUCAAUCUCGUCAAGAGGAGGACAUUGCAGUCUAUGCCGUGGUCGACAAAAAGCAACAAGAACCUUUGUACCAAGCCAUCUCGACGACCUCGACAGAGAAUGUCUAUGACAAUGAAAGUGUGUAUGUUGCCGGCGGCAACUCUCGACGCAUUCGUGAUGGCUUGACCAUUGUGAAGCACCUUGCCAGUGGGAACUUUGGCGACGUGGCACUGGGUCAACUGCCGUUCAGCGCGUUGCCCCCGCGAGCACAAAACUUGCUUGGGCCUGCAGCAUCCGAAACCGUGCAAGUUGCCGUCAAGUCUCUCAAGUCUGAUGCAGACGACAAAUCCCGCAAGGACUUUGAAAGCGAGGCCAAGUUGAUGGCUCCGUUUGUGCAUCCGAAUGUCGUGCGUUUGCUUGCCGCUCUGGUCGAGUCAGAGCCCCAUCUCGUUCUGCUUGAGUUUGUGCAGUAUGGCGAUCUGCGUACACUGUUGCAAAAGUCCCAAAAGCAGUCGUUCGAGUGGACACAAAAUGAGCAGGUCCAUGCCAUUCGUCAGAUUGCACUUGGCAUGGAGUACCUGGGCACGCUUCACUUUGUGCAUCGUGAUCUUGCCGCGCGUAACUGCCUUGUGGGACAAGGAAUGGUGGUCAAGAUUGCCGAUUUCGGGCUUUCUCGCGAACUGGAAGACGAGAAUGACUACUAUCGCGUGCAAACGCGUGGCAAGCUUCCCGUGAAGUGGAUGGCGCCGGAAACAAUGACCUUCCGCAAGUUUUCGACCAUGUCCGAUGUUUGGUCGUUUGGCGUCACAUCCUGGGAAUGCUUCACCUACGGAGCGACGCCGUACGACCAAAUGGAUUGGCGCGAGACACUGGCUCACAUUGAGGCUGGUGGUCGACUGCCCCAGCCCGAAGCCUGCGUGAUUGAUCUCUACAACAUGAUGCUUAGUUGCUGGAACAUGACACCGGAGUUCCGACCGAGCUUUUCUCAGCUCGUCAAGGUGCUGGCAGGGUUUGAGGAUGGGACGACCAUUCGCGAAAUCGGGGCAAUGUUGUGAACACGACCCGCCUGCUUGUCGGCGCUUGUUUCAAAAUUGACCUGUACAGCACGUGAAGAGCCAUUGGCUGGUGUUUUGAUCCGGAAUGUCUGUGUUGUGUAGGAGUUGACCGGCGAGUUCAUGGAUUGCUUUGUUGGCACAAACGUGCAACGAUCCAUGACCACAACAAUGUUGUUGCAGUAAUGAAAAAGCCUUGUCUCCA